CCCCACUCUUUCCGCCAUCUUCCGGCCAAAUUGUUAAUUCUUUUUUUCUGGAGUCAACACACACGACGGCUUCUUCCUGUUCCUCCACUUCUAAAAAGCCUCAAAGCAGCACAAAUCCUCGACUAAGGCAUCACCAAUUGGGCCUCUCUCGUGCACGAUUUGACCAUUCGUUGUCAUUUCCUCUAAACUCUCCUCUCAAUCUAAUUUUUCUUUUCCAUUUUCGUCUCCGCCCAGUAUUCGCAAUGGCUGCCGCAAAGGCCGUUAAUGCGCCUGCUCAGGACAGCAGUCUUUCUCUCUACUCCAAAUUCGCCCUUGCCGGCGCUAUCUGCUGCUCCGUCACCCACGGCUCGCUCACCCCCGUCGAUGUCGUGAAGACCAGAAUCCAGCUUGACCCCGUCACAUACAACCGAGGUCUCAUUGGCGGUAUCCGUCAGGUCGUCAAAAACGAGGGUGCUGGUGCCCUUCUGACCGGUGUCGGCCCUACCUUCGCUGGAUACUUCCUCCAGGGCGCCUUCAAGUUCGGCGGAUAUGAAUUCUUCAAGCAGCAGUCGAUCAACGUUCUCGGCCUUGAGAAUGCCUCGCAAUACCGAACCGGCGUUUACCUUGUCUCGUCCGCGUUCGCCGAAUUCUUCGCCGACAUUGCCCUCUGCCCUCUCGAGGCCACCCGUAUCCGUCUCGUUUCCGAGCCAACUUACGCCAGCGGCCUUGUGAGCGGUUUCAGCAAGAUUCUCUCGCAGGAGGGUGUCGGUGCUUUCUAUGCCGGCUUCGGCCCUAUCCUGUUCAAGCAGGUUCCUUACACCAUGGCCAAGUUCGUUGUUUACGAGAAGGUCGCCGAGGCUAUCUACCGACAAUAUCCCAAGGACAAGAUGUCUGAUGGUCUGCAAACCACCGUCAACCUGGGAUCUGGUCUGAUCGCCGGUUUUGCUGCUGCCAUCGUCUCCCAGCCCGCCGACACUAUGCUGUCCAAGAUCAACAAGAGCAAGGGUCUCCCCGGUGAGAGCACAACUAGCCGUCUCAUCAAGAUUGCUAAGGAACUCGGCCUCCGCGGAUCCUACAGCGGUAUCGGUGCUCGUCUCUUCAUGGUAGGCACCCUAACUGCUGGGCAGUUCGCCAUCUAUGGCGACAUAAAAAAGGCAUUAGGGGCGGUAGGCGGUGUAGAGAUCUCCAAAUAGAUCGCAGGAUAGAGUAGAAAAUAGAGCAGGGGGCGUAGAUUCGAUGAAGCGGCAUCAAUUGUAAAUAUAGAAGCAAUACUAGACUAAUAUAUCACGUAGUAAUCACGUGGUUUCUAUAACCCCUGGUUAUAACCACGUGUUAACUUAUUAGAUGCCAUAGUCUAAGGAGACUUCUUUACUCUUAAAGGAGUCCUUAUAGAUGUGUGAGGAGAGAUGCGGCCAAGCGCUUUUCCCGUGUACGUUUCUUAGCUAUGCCAUGUAGGUACCUACAUGGACAAUUCGUUGCCCUACGUGCAAAAGAGUUUUCUACUUCGAGCAGCCUUCUUGUAUCUUUCACUGACGAGUUGAGGAUCAAAACUCUCUGGCGCUCGUUAAAAGAUUGCUAUCUUACUUUGCUCGCUUCUAAAGCAAUCGUUUUAUUAUGCGCCCCUUGGACAUAUGAGGAC